CCAAUCCGUUUAUCCCACCCAAUAAUCCUAGUCCAACUCCGUCAUCGUCAUUAUCAUUUUCAAACCCAACACCUCCACCACCCACAUCAAAAACAUUUGAGACAAUACAAACUAUAUAUUUUUAUUAUAUUAUGAUAUGAUAUGAUAUUCCCGUAGAGUUAUUGCAGAGAGAUUUGUUGACUUGUAUCCCACUUUCUCUCUUGUGCCGUGUUCUCCGACCGGUGUUUUCUGGCACAUAGAUGAAUCGCUAUUUGGAGAAAUGAGAGUGGAAGGCAAUAAUAAUUAUGCGAACACUUUGUGACGUCUGUGAGAGCGCCGCUGCUAUUCUCUUUUGCGCUGCCGAUGAGGCUGCUCUGUGCCGAGACUGCGACGAGAAGGUCCACAUGUGUAAUAAGCUCGCUAGCAGGCAUGUGAGGGUAGGGCUUGCUGACCCCAGUGAUGUUCCCCGGUGUGACAUAUGUGAAAAUGCACCAGCAUUCUUUUUCUGUGAGAUAGAUGGAACUUCCCUUUGUUUGCAAUGUGAUAUGAUUGUACAUGUUGGAGGUAAAAGAACUCAUGGAAGAUAUCUCCUCUUGAGGCAGAGAGUUGAGUUUCCAGGAGAUAAAUCUGGGAAUCUUGAGGACCCAGCCUUGCUACCAAUGGAACCAGGUGAGAACAGGAGAGGACAAAAUCAGUCAUCUAAACCAACAGUGGUAGAAAACCAGCAAAAUCGCAGAGUCUCUCCUGUUCCCACAAUGGAUGCUAAUGCUGAUGGGCAUGCCAAAAUGGACACUAAAUUGAUUGAUUUGAAUAUGAAGCCACACCGGAUACAUGGACAAGCUUCAAACAAUCAGCAUUGAUCAUGACACAGGAGGCAUGCUUCCUGCUGGAUUUCAGUACAAAGCCUGGAAAGUGAGGAGGGUUUCAUUUAUACUUAUCUUUUCUGCUGGUUUGCCUGUCACUUAAUUUCUCUCUGUCCCAUUUUUUUAAGUGAAGUGGAUUUAGGCCUGAAGAAUAGAUUUGCUAUUGUUAAUGAAGCAGAUUUGUUUGGACUAGUAGUUUGACAGCACAGGUAACUUAUAUUAUGAAGCAUAAGAUUGUACCUCAAUGCAAUUAAUUGCAUGGUUAUUACUCAUUGUUGUGAUUUUUUCGAUUCUUUU